ACCGCACCACCGCACCGGGCCUCCUCCGAGUCUCCGACCUCCUCCUGUCUUCGGUGUCGUCGCCCGCCUCCCCAUGAGGCCGCCCUCGAGACAUGCCUCGUAGCCUCGGCGUCAGUAGCAGCAGCAGCACCAGGCGCUCCCUCCGCGUCGCGCCCCCCGCCUCACCCCCGCUGCGGCGGCCGCCGUCGCCGGCAUGGCCAUGCCGUUCGCGCGCCGCGACAUCGAGGCGGCGGGCGCCGGCGCCAGCAGCGACGACUCUCCUGCCGCUAAGAAGGGCAAGCCCGAGCUCGCAGGGGCGCGCCCGGCUUUGACGAGGUCCGAGGCGUUCGCGUUCGCGGCCGUGCUCGCGCUCUUCACCGCCGGGAUCUUCUGCGUCUUCCUCACCGCGCCACGCGGCGAGUUUGGGCAGAUCCUCCGCCUCCCGCGCAGCCUUGCCGACGUCCGCCUUCUCAAAGACAAUCUUGCUGUUUACGCGAGAGAUUACCAAACGAAUUUUAUAUUGGGUUAUUGCUCAAUAUACAUCUUCAUGCAAACAUUCAUGAUCCCUGGGACAAUAUUCAUGUCUUUACUUGCUGGGGCUCUUUUUGGAGUGAUUAAAGGUGGCAUUUUGGUAGUUUUCACUGCCACAGCCGGUGGAUCUUCUUGCUAUUUUGUCUCCAAGCUGAUUGGCAGGCCCUUGGUUAGUUGGUUGUGGCCUGAAAAACUGAGAUAUUUCCAAUCAGAGAUUGCUAAGAGGAAAGAAAAGCUGCUGAAUUAUAUGCUUUUUCUGAGAAUAACUCCAACUUUGCCCAAUACAUUCAUAAAUAUGGCGUCACCGAUUGUUGACAUACCUUUCCAUAUUUUCUUUGCUGCAACACUAGUUGGUCUUAUUCCAGCAUCUUAUAUUACUGUAAAGGCUGGUAGAGCCCUAGGCGAUCUGAAAUCAGUUAGAGAGUUGUAUGACUUCAAGACAUUAGUGGUUCUGUUCCUUAUUGGAUCUGUUGUUGUCGUUCCAACAAUCCUGAAAAGGAAGAGAACAUACGAAUGAUGUCUUAGAGCAUCUACAUACUUUCUUUAGAUGUUCAAAAUGUAUUAGGAUUUUUUUACCUUUUGUUUUCUUGAUAUCGUAUACAUUUUCAAUUCUAUACGUAGAGAUGUAAAAUCGAAUCGAAUGCUUUCUAAUACUAGAUGAUGCCAUCAUUGUAUCUGCA